AUCUAUUUUCUUUUCUGUUGCACUUGGCCGCAGUUUCAGAAGCCACUCAAAAUCAUUAUUAUUGAAAAGCAUAGUUAUUUGUAAUUUGCAAUGUAAUAUAAGAGGUCUUGGUUCAAUGUAAUUAAUAUACAUGUUAUAAAUUUAUUUCUAAUACACAAAUCAGUCACACAGUGUCCCGAUAAAGGCAUGUUCUAAAACUACAAUGUUUGUUACAAGUUUGAGUUAUUUUUUUCUACUUGUUGUUUUAACUAUAACAUCUUGCGAAGAAUUUAAUCUUUAUGGAGAAGCGGGACAGGCCUACGCACUGGAAAUCGAUGUCGGUCACCCCGCACAAAAGCUAAGUGUGUUAGUGGACACUGGAAGCACUACAUUGGCUAUAGCUUCUUAUGCCAGAAAAGAUAGCAACAAAUAUUUCAGAUCUAAAAACUCUACUACUAGUUACAACAGCGAAAGAGAGGUGCAAGCAAAAUACUCCCAAGGGACCUGGAUUGGACACUUGAUAUCAGAUUUUGUUAAAUUUCCGUCACUACCAAAAGUUCCUGAAGUAAGAUGUGACAUUGCACUAAUAACCAAAAGUCAUAAAUUCUUUAUGAAUGGCUCUGGAUGGCAGGGACUCCUAGGCCUAGCGUAUUUACCGGUUGGUGCAUGGGGUGAAAACGUUGUUGUUGGCUCCUGGCUGGAUUCCGUAGAGAAGGCUCUGAACAAGGCCAUGUCUUUCCAACUCAAGUUGUGUGGUGUGAAGAGCUCUACAAAUGCAACACAUUAUGGAAAUUUUGAGAUGCUUGACGAUGACACAGCAUCAUUAAAUCGUAAUGUGGAAUUCCGCACGCCAAUACUUCGAAAGAGGUGGUAUGAAGUUGGUGUUUUGUCAAUCAGAGUGGUGACCAAUAGGAGCACAACAGUUACCAACAUGACCAGUAAUAUCACAAAAGUUACAGGUGAUACUGGGGAUAUUGAUCAAGAGAGUUGUAUUAAACUUAAUGAAGAGAAAAGCAUAGUUGACAGUGGUACAACAAAUAUAAGAUUGCCGGAUGUUUUGUUUCGAGAGGUUGUAAAUGAACUGAGAAAUGCAGCACAAACGUCAAACAUGUUGAUCUUAGACGAAUUUUGGUAUCAUGGAGAGGCUGCCUGCUGGCCAGAGCCUCAAGAGUGGUCUUUACCGUCAAUCACCAUUGAUCUCCUGAGCACUGAAGCCGACAAUCAGUACUUUUCCCUUGAAAUACCACCAAAGAACUUCAUGCGAGUAGUAACAGCAAGGAAUAACAGUGGGGAAGGCGGCAGUGUAUCAGAGUUUUGCUACAAACUUGGGUUGGAAGCAGGGGGAAAGGAGACUGUACUGGGUUACACUGCUAUGGAGGGAUUGCAGGUACUGUUCAACAGAUCAGCCGGUUGGAUAGGCUGGUACCCAUCCGACUGCGGGCCCAAUGUACGUAUAACUGGUCCGUAUAACAUCUCCACGUCACUCUUGUCUCUAUGCCAGCUCACCAAACCGGUGCCGGACGUUGCCGUAUCAAUAAAGGCAGCACAAUGGACUCUUUGUGCUAUAUCAAUAAUUGCUGCAGCUGUUUUAAUAUAUUUGCUAGCACCCUGUAUAAAGAUGAUGGUAGCAACACCCUUGCCAAUGUCACAGCAGAUAUCACUAUCGCAGGCUGCUUUGGUAGAACAGGAAGCGACGUAAUUUAAGACGAAAGUCAUUUGUCGGUAUAUAUUUAUACACUGUGCUAGUUUCACCGUCUGUAAGCCGCCCCGAAAAUUAUUAGGCCAAUACAAGAAACCCCUUAACAAUAUUAAAAAUGACCUCAAACUAAUUUAUGACCUAGCGAAAAAUAAAAAUUAAUUUAUGAAAAAAUUUAAACAUCCUGUAUAAUGUAAUAAUGUUUCGUAAUAAUGUUUCGUAAGUAUGAAGUCAUUGAACUUUUACCUAAUUUAGGCUAAAGUAAAUGACCUCACAUAGCGGCGUCACGGCGAAUAAGUAUAUAUUUGAAAAUACAGGAUGUUUUGAAAAAAACAAUUUUUGAAAGUUUGUUACAAUCGUAAUUGUUUGAAUUGUACUUUAUUUAUUUUAAUAAUAACACUAAUGGAUAAUAUACAUUGGGUACAUUAUAAGGGAUUUCGGUUCAAGACGAAGUGAACUUCACGGUGUAUAUUUUUUUUUAUUUGGCAUACACAGUGUAGUGUAGUGCCUAAUUAUCGAAAGACGUGGUGUGACGAAAAAAAAAACAUACAUACAGAGGAAGAGAGAACAAGAAGAGGAAGAGGAACAUAGAACCUUUUCUUUUUUGGAAAUCGGCUAAUGACACCUAUGUUAAUUCACAAGCAAAUUUUAUGAAUGUGUUCAGAUAUCCAUGUUUCUUUUAAAAGUACGUUUUAUUUUCGAAUUUAAAGUAUCGUGAGUGUUAUUCAUAUUAAUUGAUUAUGAAACACGGCUCAAACUCACGUGAUAUUAGGUCGGAGUAUGUCGACUAGUUUCCAACCCAUACGGGGCCCUUAGUCAUGAGCUGGUUCUUGCAUACUCCGACCUAAUAUCACGUGAGUUUUAGCCGAGUUUCAUAAUCAAUUAAUACGUUUUAUUUGUACCCGCUCGAGGGCGGAGCAUAUUUUGAUAGCGUUUAAUUCUUAAUACAGAUUAUAACUCAUGCUAAUGCCUCAGCUCGCAAAGUAACAUGUAAAUUGUAAAUAAUCUGGGCCUCUAUCCAUGUGGCACGUUGGUUCUCUUUCUACAAUAGCAAACGCUUAAAAAAUUAAAAAAAUUAUGGGAUGACAUUUGCUAUCGACGUUAUCAAGUUGUCGAUCGGAUCUGUCAUUCCCAUACUUAUUUUUAGUUUUCGAAGCGUUGGCGUUUGUAGAAAGAGAAUCGACGUGCCACAUAGCUACAAGCCCUGGUUGUCUAAUCGGUUUGUCUAUAGGAGGUUUGGCGUGAGGCUUGGUGGAAAUAUUGCAGUUUCUGUUUACUUACAAAAACACUGGCGAUGACUCUAAUGCGAAAUAACUCAUUGCUUUUAAAUUAUUAUUAAUAAAAAGAGUAAAAUUAAGCUGCAGGCUUAUUUUUAUACUCUCUUUAUUAAAAAACUUAUUACAGAAACAUUUUAAAAGAGUAAAAUCUAAAAUACACAUCCUCUGGCUGUUAGAGACAGUAAAUUGCGAAUAAACAAUUGGCAGUAGACUAAUUUAUAGCGUAUUUCAAAAUGUUUUUUUUUGUCAUUGUAACUCGUGGAACGUGUAUCUUGGUUUCCCAGGAUUUUUUAUUGUUAUUUUUGUUUUUUUUUUUAUAUUAUAAAAGGUCUGAGAGACACGCACUUAAUGAUAUGUUUUUAUAUGCAUAUUUUCUUAUAUAUUUCGCGUGUUUACUAAUGUCGUUUUUGUUAAAACACGUGCAGAUGUAUCUCAAUGUCAAUUUUUUGUUUAUAUUUAUUUGAUAACCGGUAUAUUUUAUAAUGUGAUGAGUUCUACCAUAGAUGUCGUAGAAUUAACUGGGUAAUAGAAAUGGCGUGUGAACGUGAACUUUUGUAUUAUUGUAUUUUUUUUAAAGAAAAAUAUCUUUGUUACUUACUACAUUAUGCCACACAUCACAACUAUUUCAAGUUACACCGGAACAAUACCCUAGGGUAUGUGGCAUUAUCUAGGAAAACGGCUCAGCUCAGCAUAUUGCUAUUUAUACUCUCUAAAAGCCUCUUUGCUUUACUUACUCGAAAAAAAAACUUUUCAAACUCGAAAAAAAAAUCAUUAUGUUUUCAUCAUUAUUAUAUUUUUGCUCGUAUAUAGGAUGUGCUGUUUUAUAAAAGAUAGUCAUAUAUUUCCGUGUGUUUUUCCGCAAUUUUCUUUAGUUAUUUGGUCUAGGAGAUGCCUGCGUGAAAAUCAGCGUAAAUUUUGAUUAUAUUUUAACGAUAGUGAAUGUACUAUUUUUUUUAAUAUAACUUGAUAAAUGACGCAACUUUCAUAAAAAUUGUAAAUGGGGUUUACAAUUUUUUUCAAGUACCAUAACAUUUUCAAAAUUUUAAAAACGUUAUAUUUUAUAUGCAUUUGAUGGUUCAUGUACAAUAUUCAUAAAUAUAUGCGUUCAUAAAAUUAAAGCAAGAGGUUCAAGAUGACCCUGUUGCCUUUAUUUUUCCAUUAUUAUUAUUUGUGUGGCAAAAUCAUCUAAAUUCAUCUCUUUACAAAAACUCGAUUAAAAUAUGUGGGUCAAGUUGGCGCUCAUCCUUUUAUUAUUUUUUUUAUUUUUAUGAUAAAUGUAGGUAUGUUUUUCUCCAAGAUCUAGGUCAAGGUAUUCUAAAUUCAUCUCUUUACAAAAACUCGUCAAAAUAAUAUCUUAGUUGAUUAUAGAUGAAAACGUAACAGUCAGACUAACUUUUUUUGCAUUUAUAAUAUUUGUAUGGAUUAGUAUAAGUACAUGCCAUUUCUAUUGACUUGUUAUUCGACAUCUCUGUGACAUGCACUGCACGUUUGAAGAUGACCAUAUUAUUGCGCAUUGUGUUGUGACGCCGAAUCUAAAUACGUAUUAAGUGUGAGGUGACCAAAUAACACUUUUGGUGUGAAGUCACCGCUGAAUAUCAUAAUAUUUGAAUAUAAUAUCUGAAUAUCAUGUGCGUAGCUUGUUGCAAUUUUCUUCGUUGAGACCUUAAAAAAAACUUUAUGUUCUGUGAUUGAGACAAACAACGUUGUAUUUUUUUAAUAUACUACUUAUUCAACCUUGACUAUAGGAAUGUCAUUGCAAAAUUAGUUUGUAACAUCUUUUUGAAUUGAUUAAAACAAAAAUAUGGAUCAUGGAAUAUUUAACACUAAAAUCAUAAUAAAUCUCUAUUGGCGAAGGUGAAGAAUUUUAAUGCAAAUUCUUAUGAAUUAAUUAAUUAGUUUUAGGUAUAAUGUUUAGCGUUAACCUACCGAGAACGGUAGUUGAAUUGAUCAUGACUAAGUCAAUUGAUUGAAAGUAUGAAAAAACCACGUUUUUAAAAAAAAAAAUUGAUUACGCGGACGAAGUAGUGGGCGUCCUCUAGUUAAUGUAUAAAUGUGACUUUGGAUGUAUGAUUACAAUCCGUACAUCAUCUCCAGUGACAAAGGCUAUUAUUUAUGUUUUAAUUAAAUAUAGCGGCUAUAUCGCUUUCGUGCUUUUUAAUUUUAUAUUUUGUAGUACUUUUUUUUUUUUAAAUGUUUCAAAAAUGUUGUUUUGACUUAUUAAUAUCUACUUUUAUAAAGUAAAAAAUGAAUACUAAUUGAUAUUAGUUAUUUUUUAUGAUAUUUUUUUGUGAUUAAUCUGGGCAUUUCUAUAUCAUAAGUUUAUGCACUCCGUAAAUCGUGGUAAAGUUUUUGAGGAGAACUUGAACUUCGACUAUGUUUUUUUUUUAUAUUUUAAGUUAAGUUUUCACCGAAAAAGUAUUAAUGUAACUACAUUUUAUCAGCGUGUAUGUAUUUUUUGCGAAGCAGUAAAAUCCAAUCAUUCGCACUAGUGAAAAAAAUUGAGCGUAAAUUAAGUGGACUUAUAGAAACGCAAAAGGACCUUUUUAAAGGACGUUUAAUUGAAUAUUUUUAAGGAUUACACUAUAUAAAAUAUGAUUGGAUUAUAAUAUUAGAAAUAUUAGUGUAAAAUAAUCUGUGUUAUCUAAAUUUUAAGACCCGAAGAAUCUGAUUAUUGAUAGAAACUACUAUUAGAGAAAAAAAUUAGGCCAAAAAAUAGGAAUAAUAAUAAGUAGCAAAGCUAAUUUGAUUCCGAAUUAGGAUUAUUACAAAAAUAUCUUUCAUUUCCCUUAAAUAUAUUAAUAAUGUAAACUUAAGUUAGACUCUGGCAAAUAAAGGUUAUAGAUCUUUCGAUUUUACACAUAUAUAUAAAAAUUUGAUAUUUAAAUGAAAAAAGAAACUAGCACCAAAACACUUUUUCCUGCUAUAGUUAUUUAUACCAGCAGUUUUUUUUUAAUUUGCCGCUUUUUUUCAGGUCAAACUUUUAUUUGCCAGAGUCUAAUACUCGUACGAACAUAAUACAGCAAUCUGGCACCUAUAAAGUAAUAUAUUUUCUAUCAACAGGCACUAUUUUUACUACGUUUUAUUAUAUAGCUAUGCAAUAAGAGUAGAUAAACGAAUUCUUUUAAAACACAUUAAGUUGAUCGUGCAAUUUACAGAAAGAUCUCUGUAUAUUUUAUUUUUACUCAAAAAUGGAAUUUACAUUUUUACCAAUAAGUGUAAGUGUGUGGUUUUUUGUGUGAAAGGUUAUUACGGUUUUUUGCUUGAGUAUUGUUGAGUGAACAUAGAAGAAUUUUAGGUGAUUAAGUAGAUAGGACUUAUGAAUGAAUUAUGAAUUCGUAUUGUUUGAAUUUUUUUGUACUUACUUAACUAUACAAUUAUUCGCGUGAAAUCAGACACUGGAAAACGUUUAUAAUAUCGUUAAUUAAAAGAUUGCCAUUAUGUUUAUAAUUACACAAAAUUAUUAUUAUUACCUACUUUGUCUUAAUAUUUAAAAUCGGUCUCAUCUGUUCAAAUAUUACGUAAUGUUAGUAACAUUACGUAAUAUUUGAAUUAAAAAAAAUCGGUGAAUUGAAAAACAUGUCGUUGGAGUAUUUUAUAUAAUCUUCAAUUAGAAUACUUACCAAUAAUGACGUUAGAGUUUAAAAGUUACUAUAUGUAUAGUCCAUUUACUCAUUCUGUAGAAUUCUGACAUUUCUAUUUCCGUUCCCGGUGUUUCUAUAUGUAAAACAGUUCCCAUAAAAAAGAUGACAAGUCCAACUAAAACGAAACUUAUUCUUUCGAUUCUAAAACUGAAAUUUAUACAGACUAAGGGUCCCAUUCCUCAAAAACUAAAGAAAUUUCAUCACUAUCACUUUGUUGUCUGACAUUGUCUGUUAGAACCCUAUAUUUCCUGUGGACGCGUGGGGGAGAUAUCAAGUUGAAGUUUAAAUCGCUUAAACACAUGAAGUUGUGAAUACAUUUAUAAUUACCCUAUGCACGGAACCCUCGGUGGGCGAGUCCGACUUACAAUUGUCGGUUUUUUUAAAAAGCCCAUAUUUUUCUCAAAAAUACAAUUUAUGUUAAACAAAUUUUUAAUGUAGAAUAUCUAAUACGAUUAACAUUAUCCAGUACUAAAGAUCUGAUUUUGCGUGAAUGAAAGACUUUACUAAUGUAUUAUUAUUAUUAUUAUUUUAUUGUAUGCAUUUUAUACUAAUUAUUACUUACAGUCCAUACAAGAAGCUUGCCAUACAACAAUAAUGUUACUAGUAUCAUUUUAAAUAGGAUUUAAAGAGUGUGUUGAGUAAACUACAAUUUGGAUGCUAAUAUAAUAAUUAAGCAUUAAUGAAUGAAAUGACCGAUUCACACCUUUCCAGUAAAUAUCCCGUUUAACAGAAUGACUGUAUCGCUGCUUAAUUAAUGUAUGAAAAGAUUGUUUUGUUAGUAAGUUAGUAAUUAUUUCCGGUAUUAAUUCGACUAAUAACAAUUAAGUUAUAGUCUUAUAAAAUACCUCGCCAUGUUGCGGAAAAAUUGGAACUAGCUUUUUUUUUCUGUAGUUGUGGCUCCCCCAGAAUCCAGGUUUUUCAUAUUUUUGGUAUGCUAUAGAUGGCAACAAUUUAAACGAAUGUAACGAUUAGUCAAUUAGUCACAAUGCCGUAUAUCCAUAAAACGUAAACUCCUUGCUCUCGUAGUCGCGUAAAAAAUAUUAUAAGGCAUGAAUUUUUACCCGCAAUAUAAUAAAAGUUAGUAUAAUGAGAAAUUGUGUAGCAAUUGAAUGCUUUCUUUCCAGUGGCGUAGUGUGCGCUGUAUCAGAUCUAGUUGAGGGGCCCACAUAAAGGGUAACCACUCUUGUACUUACUAGAAUGUUAGAAUGAACUGGAUAUAGUUGCUGGAACAGUGUAAACCGGUCAUUAUCUAAUUUAAGAACAAUCGCGUUGUUUUGAAAAUUUAAAGCACACAUUGUAAUUUUUUUACACUUUUGAAAUUAUGAUUAAUUUUAAUUUAUUUUUGACUUUAAUAUCUAAUGUGACCAAUUAGGCAAAGGGGUUUAUAAGAUAAAAUUUUGUCGAAUAUCAGAUGAAAUCUUAUAUUUGCAAUAAAUUACUAGGUUACGAUUGAAAA